ACCUCAAAGAAUUGUAGAAAAAUAAACCUACUCCAUUUUUAUCAAAAUGGGGGCUAGGAAUGAAAACGGAGGCUCACCCUCUGGCUUGAUGUUUGUGCUUGUGGGUAUCGGCUCGCUUAUUUCGGUCAUCUUAGCCAUCAUCUUCAUCCUAUUUUUAGUAGUGAUUAUCAUGUUUAGAAUGUCAGACAAGCCUCAAGUACGCAUCAAGGAGAUCCAAGUCCCAAAUUUUCAAAUAUUAGCAACUCAAAACCCUCCUAAUUUAACAGCUAACAUGGAUGUUUUGUUCGAAUCAGACAACGAAAACAAGUUCGUAGGCUUAGAGUUUUGGAAUGUGGCUAUGCAAACCGAGUGGUUUGAGGGAGGCGUCGACGUGAACGGAACUAAUCAAAUACAACAUUACAAACAAGGAGGAAGAAGUGUACAUCAUUUGCCUAAGAUGAAUGUAGAAUUUAAGGAUGUACAAAUAACUAGGUCCAACCUAAAAAAGGAGGAUAUUAAGCUUGAUAUUACCCUAAGAGGGAAGCUUAGUAAUCACCUUAGCUUUAUAUGGUCCGUUAAACACCGUUUCAAGAUUACGUGUGAAAAAGUUGCUAUCGGUUCUCAUUAUAUUCCGUGCAAGUUUCGAUAUGUUAAUGUCUGGAAUUAUCAAUGGAAGCCAAGAGGUAGAAUUGGUAAAUACUCCCAUUAAUUGGUCAUUUUGAAGCACAACAUAGUUGUAGAUAGAAUCGUCUGCUAAGGCUAAUUACAUGUGCAAGAGGCUAAUUAAUUAAUGUUUUUAAUACAAAUAAAUGGUAGAUAUCACUUUAAGGAUGCUUUUGAAUGUUAUCAAGAAUAGUUAAACUUUAAUUUGUAGCUUUUGGUAAGUAAUCUUUUUUUUUUUUUUUUGGAAGA